GCAUCUUCAUGAGACAAUUUGAUGAUGCAGUCAGCAUUGCAGUGGCUAUCCUCAUUGUUGUCACAGUAGCUUUUGUUCAGGAAUACAGAUCUGAAAAGUCUUUAGAGGCAUUGACAAAACUAGUACCACCUCAAUGCCACUGCUUGCGAGGAGGAAAGUAGAGACAUUUCUUGCACAGGAUCUUGUGCCAGGAGACAUCAUCAUGCUCAAUGUUGGAGAUCGUGUUCCAGCUGAUGUCCGUCUGUUUGAAGCUGUAAAUUUGGAACUUGAUGAGUCAAGUUUCACGGGAGAAACAGAACCUGUUCGCAAGUUCACUGAGGAAGAACCUAAGAAAAACUCUAACAGAGCUACAAAACACUACAAUGUAGCAUUCAUGGGCACUCUUGUUCGGUGUGGACGAGGGAAGGGCAUCGUCAUUGGAACUGGCCAUGAUUCAGAGUUUGGUGAGAUCUUUAAGAUGAUGCAGGGAGAAGAGGCACCAAAGACUCCACUUCAGAAGAGCAUGGAUACCCUGGGUACACAACUGUCCUUUUAUUCCUUCUGCAUCAUUGGCUUAAUUAUGUUGUUGGGAUGGAUCCAGGGCAGAGGGGUGCUGGACAUGUUUACCAUAGGAGUCAGCCUUGCAGUAGCAGCCAUUCCAGAAGGUCUACCCAUUGUAGUAACUGUGACGCUGGCAAUUGGGGUCAUUAGAAUGGCAAAAAGAAAAGCUAUAAUAAAAAAGUUACCCAUCGUUGAGACUCUAGGGUGUGUGAAUGUGAUAUGUUCUGACAAAACGGGCACGCUGACCAAGAAUGAGAUGACUGUGACACAGAUCUAUUCAGCAGAUGGCACACUAGCAGAGGUGACAGGCGUAGGCUAUGAUGCUCCAGGUGUGAUUACAUGCAGUUCUGGUGAUAUAAAUGCUUCUGUUAGAAAAUUAUUAGUGGUUGGCAACAUCUGCAAUAAUGCUGAUAUAACGCCAAGUGGUCUCAGAGGCCAGCCAACAGAGGGGGCUUUACUGGCUGUUGCAAAGAAAGCAGGCUUGCAAGAUGUUCGCAGCAUGUACACACGUCUGCAGGAGUGGCCAUUUAGUUCAGAAACCAGGUACAUGGCAGUAAAGUGCUGUGCUAACCAUGGGCAGGCCACAGAGUACUUUGUGAAAGGAGCAAUCGAGCGAGUACUACAGAACUGUUCAUUUUAUGUCUCUGCUGCUGGUGAUGUGUUCCCUAUUCAGGACUCCAACCGCAGAGACUACUUUCAGCAUGCUGCUCAAAUGGGAGCUACAGGUCUGCGAGUGCUGGCAUUGGCAUAUGGACAAGACAUGAACAACUUAAUCUUUGCUGGCAUUGUUGGCAUGAUUGAUCCACCACGGGAUGGUGUUAGAGAAGCCAUCUACACGCUCAUGGGCUCUGGGGUCAAUAUCAAGAUGCUCACUGGAGAUUCUGAGGAGACGGCAAAAGCUGUUGGUGCCCGGCUGGGCUUAUAUGCAUCUGGAGCAACGGCAGUAUCUGGAGAAGAACUUGACCAAAUGGAUGUAGGACAGUUGUGUCGUAAAAUCAGCCAAGUUGGUAUUUUCUAUAGAACAACUCCCAGACAUAAACUCAAGAUUGUUAAGGCGCUACAGCAAAAUGGGAUGGUGGUCGGAAUGACAGGAGAUGGUGUCAAUGAUGCUGUUGCCUUGAAGAAGGCAGAAAUUGGCAUCUCGAUGGGUUGCUCCGGAACUGAUGUAUCCAAAGAGGCAGCUGACAUGAUCUUGGUGGAUGAUGACUUCACCACAAUUUUGAGCGCGAUUGAAGAGGGAAAAUCCAUCUUCUAUAACAUUAGGAAUUUCGUCAGGUUUCAGCUGAGCACGAGCAUUGCAGCCUUGUCACUAAUUGCGCUUUCCACCCUGAUGCGUCUGCCCAAUCCUCUCAAUGCCAUGCAGAUUCUCUGGAUCAACAUCAUUAUGGAUGGCCCACCAGCGCAGAGCUUGGGUGUAGAGCCUGUAGAUCAUGAUGUUAUACGCCAGCCUCCACGCCACGUAGGAGAUCCCAUAAUUACACGACGACUUAUUAUCAGCGUUUUAUCUUCUGCACUUAUCAUUGUCUGUGGCACUCUCUGGGUGUUUUGGAGAGAGAUGCUUGACAACAAGAUCACACCACGAGACACAACUAUGACCUUCACAUGUUUUGUUUUUUUCGAUAUGUUCAAUGCCCUAGGGUGUCGUUCACAGACCAAAUCGAUAUUCCAGGUUGGCUUCCUGACUAACAAGGUAUUUCUUGUAGCAGUUGUUGGAUCUCUUGUUGGACAGCUGCUGGUAAUCUAUUUCCCCCCACUACAGUCUGUUUUCCAGACAGAAGCUCUCUAUCUCUCAGAUCUUGCGUUCCUCUUCUGUUUGACAUCCACAGUCUUUGUAUUCUCCGAGCUCCGGAAAUGGUUCAGUCGGUCAACAGGUCGCUUUGCCUUUAAAAGAAAAGACAAAACAUUCUAUCCUGAUGAUAUGGUAUAGCACUCAGCUAUAAGACGUUUCAUUAGUUAAAAAAAAAAUUAAUAAGACCAGUUGAGUGAUCAAGGGUAAUUGCCAUGUAUGUGUGUGUGUUGUGAGAGAGUGAAUGAGAGAAUUCUAAAUCAUUCACAACUUGCACAAAAAUUUGCUCCAGACAGAAAUGAAGACUUUGUGGUAAUAGCAACAGAAAGUAUAGUGUUUACACUGUGCUGAAACCAGAUUGCAUUAUGAUGAGACCUUGACAGUCACAGGCUGAUAUAAGUGUCAGACUAUGGAUUGGAGAAGAAUCAUGUGCUGGCUCUGGACUUGUGCAUGAACAACAUACGGUUAUGAAAACUGUUGAGCAGUUUAGAAGCCAGACUCUUCUAAACAGCUAUUUGAACCAGACAUGUGAUGCUAAUGCUUCACUUCCUAUGUGCAUUUGCAUUUGACUGGAUUUCUUUUUUUUUUUUUAACUUUGGAGCCAACCAAGUGGGAAAACUGUUGCCAUGAUGGGUUCUGCAGAGUGUGCCUUUUGGUGGCAAAUUAAAGAAAGCUUAGAAAGUGUUGUGGAGUCCUUGGGACAUGUCCCAGCCAAGAUUUUUUAGUUUAUACUAUACCCCCACUUUUUUUGUAAUUCUGUCAUGUUCUCUUUCAGUUUGCAACUCUCAGAUGCUGGCUUGCAUGCAUUCUCUGCAUUUGUUCUGUCGGACUUUUUGCCUGUUACUUUGCAGCAGCCAGUGUUCACACGUGAAAAGAGCAUUAUCACAUUCCUUUUAGAACCUUGCACUAGUAUUACAGGAAAAAUGAGUUGUGUGUAAAUAUGACUUGUGGGUUAUUACUGAUGCUGGAAUAUCUGUUAUGUUGGGCAAUAGGUUUUUUUCCCUUUGUUUUUUUAAACAAAAAAUGUCUGUGUUAAAAGUUUGUUUUAUGUUGGUCAAGAUGUUGCUUAGAUGUCAUGGCCAGAGGUAGAAAGACUUAUUUCUCUAUUUUGUACACUUUUUCCAGCAGUAAUGGCUUAAGUUUAAUGUUUUAUAUUAACAUUUGGAAGGCAAAAGAUGCCUCUUAAUCCAUUGGUGCAUAUAGGGAAUGGUUGUUGUUUGGGUUGUUUCCUGCCAACAAAGUUUCUAUGAAUUUAGCAGAAACUGUUCUGAAUGGGACUUCAUGAGCUUGGUUCAGUGAUUUUAUUGAGCAAGUGGAGGGGGUUAUAAGGAACAAACAAAUAUCUGUAUUUUUCUGAGUGUUAUUUUAACACUUUGACAAGGUGGAGGUAGGGAAAUGUCAUUUGUGACCUUUUUUUUUUAAGAAUGGAUAGUUAUCAAAACCAUGCUAAAAGUGGUGCUUAACAUGCAAAAAGAAAAACCUAUAUCAUUGUCUACCUCAGCAGCCAGCUUGCUUGUUUCAAACUACAUUAUCCAUGGACUGCAAGCUUUACUAUUUUAAAAAAUAAUGUGCAGCAGUGACAAAAAAGCUGCUUACAGAUGUAAAUGAUUAACCAUGUGGGGUGUGGCCUUUGUUCACAUAGGUCUGUGGGGUAGCCAUCCAGUCCUUAUUUUAGAUCUCUCAUGGCCUUAGAAAUAGAUAAAACUAUUUUUAUUGCAAAAUGUCCUAUCAAAGAGGUGCCACAGAUUUUUACAAUGCUGCUUGGGUUUUCCUUCGCCAUCCCCUCUGCCACAUUUUAUUUUUAAUGCUGUUGAAUUUUUAAUCUUCUUCAGGGUACACAGUCAAAUGACUGAAGCAUUUUCCACUUUUUUUUUUUUUUCUGUCUUCUAACCAGUGUACAACCACGUAGGAAAUUAGGCAGAUGGGCUGAAACAAGUUUACCAUUAUUGCUAGUCCAUACAUCUACACUCAAGAAUGCUGUGAAUUCUGUGGCAGAGGUAUUCUGGAAGAUAAUUUUUGUUUUUCUUAAAGGUGGUAACAGCACAAAGCAUUAAUGAACUUUUGUGAAUUAGUUUUUGUCUAAAUAUAGCUCUUCAACAUUGUUUCUCAUUUAUAGCUAUUUUGAUAUCACUUUAUAAAAAUAAUGAAUAUUUUUACCUGUGCAACUUAUAAAAACAGUGUGUUUUAAGAAAAAAAAAUGCUUUGAUUAUUCUUGUUUCUAAUCUUUAAUGAAGCAAAGUGAAUGAACUGAGGAAGAAAGAUUUUGUUGAUAUUUAAGUAAUCUUUAUGUUUGAUCCCUGAUUUGGUUCUCUACAUGAAGAGGGUCCUUUAGAUGUUGAGACAAUUUUGUCUUCUGGAUGCUGGCUUUCCAAUUGUAACUGUUUAUUGGUACGCUCAGUUUUGGAUUGAAGUUAUUGGCUAAAUGCAGGUGCUUGUAAGACAGUUUGGACUUAACUGUAUAAGUUUGGGUGUCAGACAUUCACGAGAUAUUUUUAAAGAUAAGCUUUUCCCAUAUGAAGUGGUUAUGUUGGUAAGCGUAUUUUUGUGUCGUGCUGUAAAUGGAUGCUAAAAGUUUAAUAUGUUUAAUAUUAUCUGGUUGCCUGUGCUUCGUGAAAACAUUCCAGUGCUGUGAACUUUCAUCAGUUUGUCUCAUUGCGUAUACCAUUAUUUUGUCAAACCACAUUGAACAGCAACACUUGUUAUAUUGGCCUGUUAUCAAGGUGUCACAUUGUGUGAUUACCAGUUUCUUCCUGUACUCAUCAGGGGCUGUAGCUAGGAAGCAAGGUUAGUUUUUUACCCCAGGGGAAACUUGACAGUUUAUAAGUCCCCACUUCCUUUCGCUGGCACCUACACAUAGUUCAUGUUAUCUGUUUGCUUGCAAGAUUUUCAAGCUACAGUGGUUAUAUUUAGAAUCACUGUCUCUUUUAAGUCUAGUUAUCCUUUGUGACAGUGUCAAACAAGUUUUUUUCCCACCCACCUCUUUACAAUGUUAAGUAGACACUAUUUAAAUUCCAUUCUGAUAAGUUAGCUUUUUUUUUUACAUUGUCACAUUUUAUUGUCACCUGGUAUGUGAAAUCACAAUAAGCCUCAUUUGGUAUUUUUGACGUGUGUUGCACUCCAUGUAACUUGACUGCAAGAGACACUAGAUCUUUCUUUGUUCAUGUGUUACUGUAUAUUUGUUAAUAGGGUUUGGUCUGCGUAAGUGUGCCAUGUGUAUUUUGAGUCUUACUUUGUAUCUUUGUGUUUUGUUUUUAUUUCUGUACAGCACAUUGAGCCUACUUUAAAGUGGGAAAAUGCACUAUAAAAAUUAUUAAAAUAGGUGGACACUUGCUGUGAUGGCAAUAUGUUAAGGUAUCCUAUACCCUUUUGGUUCAGGUGUUAUUGGUGCACUUUGUUGUGGGACGUGAUUUGGAAAGCGGAAAAUUUGGAAUCUGCUAUUAAAUCUGAAAGACGAGCGACUUUUUGGCUGUAGAAUAAACAGUGUAGGGCCAGCAAUCCUCAACCUAAAACUGUCUGCUUUGAUACAUGGCAACAGUACCAACCCAUAUUCCAUCUUAGCUGUUACAGUACUAAAUUGAAUAGUGCGAUUUGUGGGGUUUGUAUUUUGUCACUGCCUUUCUUGUCAAAAUUUUACUACUACACAGUCACAUCAUUGUUACUGAUGUGUUAAAAGUGCAAAUCAUUUUAUAUUAAGCCUUUUCAUAAAUUGUUUAGCUGCACUGGGUCUUAACAGUGAGGGUUAGUAUAUGUUUUUGUUGAACUUGUUACCAGGUCCCUAAAUAUCCUUGGUGUUAAUGUGCCAUUCAAAAGUACUGCAUGAAAAUCAGUAUUUAUUUAUUUUUUUGGCACUGAAGGGUGGCCAUGGAUGCUCAGUGUUUGCUAACUUCUGAAUGAAUUUCUGCUGCACAGGCAAAACAUGAUUCUCAGAUGCUGACAGCAGGGCUUCAGAAAGUUUGUCUGAUAAAACAUUUGUGCUAUACAUGUAUAAAAUUGACAUUUUUUUAUGCCAACAAGAAAUUUGGGAAAGGUGGUUGCUAAAUUUCUGUUCAGUGGUUUGGUUUUACAUGGUAUUUUUGUUUUGUCCUGCAAUGUAUGGCAAGGUCUGGUUUUAAGGGCAUAAUAAUGAACAAAUCAUGUCUGUUUCACAUACAGAGUAUGAACAUUGUGUGUGAAUGCAUUGCAAAGACUAUGUGCGGAUUAGCAUUUAUGUUAAAACAAGUGAUUCAAAAGAUGCUCAAUAAUGGGGCUGGAUGCAGUUUUCGACUGACUUUUCCAAGCCAGGAGAAAGUUGUUUAGACAUCUAACUGAAAGCUGUCCCCUGUUGGUGCAACAGUUAUGAACUGGUCACCGUAAUAGUUAGGACCGAGUCAUAGUUUCAGUUCUUUCUCUGCAGAUCUUUACAGAGCUAGAAGUUUUGCUUUGAUGUAGCCUUAACUGCUGGCUUGGCAUAAUCCCACUUCCUAAUUUGCAUUUUCUACAGAUGUGGUGACUGUCUGGUUUAGGUGUGGAUACAAACUGUACUUUAUGUAUGCAUAAAUUUCUUUCAUCACCUGA